AUGUGGAUUCCUGCCCACAAAAACAUACCAGGAGACGAAAAAGCUGAUAUAGCAGCCAAAGAAGCCUCCACCAACAUCAAUAUUCCCAAAAUAGACCUUACGUCUUUCAAGGACACUGCCCGAAAUGCCUUAAAAAGUAGCAAAAUGAUCCACCAACGACUCUGGGACCAGGAAUUGAACAACAAACUAUACCAAAUAAAACCUCUUCUGAUACCUAACCCGAACCCCCCCUCAAGUACGAGAAGACAACAAGUGAUAUGGACACGGAUGAAAAUUGGACACACUAACAUCACUCACAUCCACCUAAUGAGAAGAGAACCGAGACCAAACUGCGAACUCUGCAACAACGCCCCGAUUUCCACAGCACACCUACUUCUAGAAUGCCCUAAUCUAACAGAACAAAGAAAAAUUUUUCCACACCUAACAUUAAAAGAUAUUUUAAGUAUAGACAAUUUUAAUUAUUUAAUAACAUUCCUUAAAAUAUCCAAUCUAUAUAAUAGAAUCUAA